UUAUAGUCACGGCAAUAUUCAGAUUCAUGAAAGAAUGAAAAAAUUUAUUAAUGAAUAAUUUUUGAACUCGGAAUGAUAUUUCGGACGGACAAUAGUAAAACAAUGCAGGGAAAAAGCGUCGGCGCGUUCUGUCACGAAACUUUGUGGGGAUAGCAGCAACAGUUUUUAAUUGUCGAUAAUUAUAUAGUGAAUGAACAAGAGAAGAUGCCUGGCCACCGUCAGCCUAAUUCCCUAGAAGGACUUAGUUUGGGACGUGUGUGUCAACAACUCGACGGGACGUGCCGCAGGCUGCAGGUGCUUUCACAAGAAUCAUCCGCUGCACAAGUGUUGGCAUACGCGAAACAAACCAUUAGACCUUAUUACAUAAAUGCCUUGCCAGCACGUUUGAGGUCUCAAGUUAUAGAAGAAACUUCAAAAAUGUUGUAUGGACCUGCAUCAGAUGGAUCAACUCUAAUUUCUGGCCCAGCUCCUUUAUACUUAUUGGCCCUUCUUCUCGGGCAUGAUAUAAAGCAGUUGAAAGUGAAUCUCUGUUGUUACUAUGGAUGCAGCCAUCAGACAUCGUUAUUGAAGCUACUUGCAUCAGAAGGAAUUGGACUUGAAUCUUUAGAGUUGGCUCGUUCAGCUUUGCUAAGAUUGGACUGUAAAUUAUUAAGAUGUGCUCUCUUAAACAUGAAAAAUUUGAUGAGUUUAACUUUACGCAAUAUAGCCAGUGAUGGGGUGCUUCAAGUGGUGGGAAAAGCUUGUCCAAAACUUGUGCACUUGGAUGUUGCUUGUUCAAGGCAAGUAACAGAUGUAGGAUUGAAGCAAUUACUGUUACAAGUAGAACUUAGGGAUAAAAUGCCCCAUACUGCAAUGCAAGAGCCUACUAGUUGGUCCCGUUUGAAAACAUUGCUUUCAAAAUUGAAAAUGAGAAAUUCUAAAUCAGAGAAAAAGGAAAAGCAAGGGGUACUAUUGGAAUACUAUGAAAGCAGAAACUUUCUCUGUGAUACGCUCAGAGUACUUAACGUUGCAAACACUGGUGUGACCAGUGCAGGAGUACUUUUAGCUUUAGUUCAUGUUCCACGGUUGGAAUCUCUAGCUGAAUAUAGCCAUAUGGGAAGAGUAGUGGAAAUUAUGAACAAAGGACUUAUUGGAUUUAAAACGCCAUUUAGCCUGACUCAGGCAAGAAGUUGCAGAACAACACCAGCUCGUUUAGAACUUUUGGCACAGGCAUGCCCAAAGGUAGAGAAACUGUAUAUUUCAGAGCCUCAUCAUCCUCCCGAAGCUUUGAGAUUAUUCCCCUAUGUUACUUCCUUAAGUGUACACAGUAUACCACCUCAAAGAGAAUGGUUGGAUGGUUUUUACGAUUAUCUGCGUACUAACGGGCAUAAUUUACGCGAACUUAAUCUCAGAAUAACUCAAAGUGAAAAUCCUAUCCAAGUCGAUUUGAAAGAAGUUUUAUUAAAUUGUUCCAAUCUUAGAACAUUUACUAAUGACGGGUCAAACAUAAUUUGGACAGAGGGUACUGAUCCUCCUCCACUGAAAUAUUUGAAAAGAAUUCAAUUAGGUCGUAUAGUGAGUGCUGUUGCUAUUACUAAACUUCUUUCAUUAGCACCAGAAUUAACAGCGUUACAUGUUCAUAGUUGUUUCGAUCUCACUAAUGAACACUUGGAGAAGUUAUUAAGCGUAUCAAACAAAUAUAGAAAUCCAAGAAAGUCUGACAAAUGUGAAAAUAGUUUAGUACAAAACUUAACAUGUUUCUACAUAUACGAGGCCAGUAAAGUAUCUGCAACUACAGUGUUGAAUAUGUUUAAGAACUGUAAAAGACUUAGAAAAAUUGGAAACUUGGCAAAUUGGGGUUUGGAUUGCGAAGGUGUAAGAAUGUUAAGAACGACAUUAACUCGCGCAAAUUUAGACGUGGAUUUAUGUCCAGGAGCUCAUUGGUUCUGUGGUAAUUGCAUUCAGUAACAGAUCUUCUCGAACUUACUAAUAAAAACAGCUUAAAAACCCUGCCCACGAUACAAUUGGCUGCUGUUUAAAUCUGUUAUACUUUCAUAGACUGUAAAAUUGUCAGUAUUAAAAAUAAUCUUAAUAAAUAUAAGACAAUUAAUACUUGGAUAAAAGCAGAUAUUACGUUUAUUAUGUAAUUGAACUAGUAACAGUUAUUGGUCGUCUUUGCGUCUUGCAAUAAAUAUAUUUUCGCUUUGUUUAAUGAAUUCAGAUUCGAUUUUCUUAUACGAUUAUAUACUUCGUUAAGAUUAUAAAUGCUAAAAUAAUAUUCAAUAAUAACGUAACAUUAAAUAAAAAAUUAAUAAUAAUCACAAGCAUUAAAUAAAAAAAAAAGCUGUAUUACUAUCUCAUGCUAUAGCAAGUCACUUUACAGUAAUAACAUUAACAAAUAAAUCAAAAUAUAUAACACGAAAUACACGAUUUCAUAUAUUAUAAAAUACAACUCGAGUUAAAAAAAAUUCCAUUGAAGAGAAUAAUGCCAGUAAAUAAGUGACAUGAUAAAACAUACUAAAAAAUAUAUAUAUAUAUAUAUGUAUAUAUAUGUAUGUAUAAGUAUAAGUUGUAUCAUUACUUUUGAGUUGUACAUUAAUAAGUACUUAAAAAUUUUGAAACGCAGAA